CAAAAUCACCACUCACAACUACAGUUUAUCAAAAAAAAAAAAAAAAUAUUUGCGAAAAUGCCUUAAGGAAAUAUUUUCCAAAAGUGUUUUUGAAAGAAUUGCAAAAUCAAAAAGUGCCAAAACAAAUUAAAAGAAAAGUAAUAAAUAGCUACACAGUGGUAAUUUAUGUGCGACGGUGUAAAAUAUUUAAAAUAAUUUCAUUAUUAAAAUAUUAUAAGCCAGAGAAGCAGGGAAAAGUGUACUGAAAAAAUCUGGUUUCGAUUUUUUUUUUUUUCUUUUUUGAUUGGUGUCAGUGGAAAAUUUUCGCGUGUAACACGUUCGUGUUUUGCGUUCGUCAUUGACGCAACGCCAUUCGGUGGCAGCCAUAUUGAAAAUUGGAUUAUCUAACGCAUUUCAAAAUGGAGGACGAGAGUGACGACAAGGACGAUACGAAAAGAAAAUCUCGAAAUCUCAGUGAAAAGAAGAGGAGAGAUCAAUUCAAUACGCUGGUGAAUGAUUUGAGCGCGCUCAUAUCGACAUCAAACCGGAAAAUGGAUAAAUCGACAGUGCUCAAGUCGACAAUAGCAUUUUUGAAACAUCACAACGAGGCCACCGAUCGUUCGAAAGUUUUCGAAAUACAGCAAGACUGGAAACCAACAUUCCUUACUAACGACGAGUUUACACAUCUCAUGCUGGAAUCUUUGGAUGGCUUCAUUAUAGUGUUUAGCGGUAUUGGUUCCAUAUGUUAUGCAUCUGAAAGUAUUACUCCACUGCUCGGUUACCUACCAAGUGACCUUGUGAAUAUGACCAUUUUCGAUUUGACCUACGAAAUGGAUCAUGAAAGUCUACUGAAUAUAUUUCUAAAUCCCAAACCAGUGAUCGAGCCACUACAGACUGAUAUCAACUCAAGUAAUCAAAUUACAUUCUAUUUGCAUUUACGGCGUGGCGGUAUCGACAAAGUGGAUGCCAAUGCGUACGAGUUAGUUAAAUUUGUAGGUUAUUUUCGAAACAAUGUGAAUCUAGACAGCAUACAAUCGCAGAACACACUUGCCUUGCCACGUAUCUUCCAAAUGAAUCCUAGCGCGGAGGUGGAUAAGAAAUUGAUUUUCGUCGGCACCGGGCGCAUUCAGACGCCGCAGCUGAUACGCGAGAUGUCCGCCAUAGAUCCGACGUGUAACGAGUUCACUUCGAAACAUAGCAUGGAAUGGAAAUUUCUCUUUCUGGAUCAUCGUGCGCCGCCGAUCAUCGGCUAUAUGCCUUUUGAAGUGCUCGGUACCUCCGGUUAUGAUUACUACCAUUUCGAUGAUUUGGAGAGUAUAGUGGCUUGCCAUGAAGAGUUGAUGCAGAAAGGCGAAUGCAAGUCGUGCUAUUAUCGUUUCCUUACCAAAGGACAACAAUGGAUCUGGCUGCAGACCGAGUUCUAUGUGUCCUACCACCAAUUCAGCUCGAAACCUGACUACGUAGUGUGUACACACAAGGUAGUCAGUUAUGCAGAUGUGAUACGCCAAAGUAAGGCGGGCAAUAAGUUGGAGAAAACUCCUUCGAUCAACAAUAGCACUAGCAAGUCGUCCACAAUGACAUUGAGGGACCUUGAAACCACCAAUCAAAGUCUAGAUCCAUCCACGCUUUCGGCGAGCGAUAGUGGCAAUGUUAUAAUGGGUAUAUUAAAUGAAGCUUCGCCGCGGCUGGACACAUCACCAAUAUGGCCGAAUGCCUCGUCAACUACUGGCAUAGCAUCGACAACAUACAAGACAUCCCGACCCGCCUCGAGUUAUGGCAAUAUUAGUUCUACUGGAAUCUCACCGACAGCUAAGCGAAAACGUUAUUUCCCACAUAGACCUGGCAACGAAUCGGAUUCCACGUCCAUGUCUGCGGAUUCGGCGACUAGUAAACAUUCUCUUAUGACACAUUUGAGUUCGAGUCGACAACGUCACGGUCACAGCUCGAAUAUGCAAAUGCCGCAAAGUACAACGCACGCGCAACAACUGAAUGCGGCCAACCAACAUGCACUGCACAAUCACCACCAGUCGCAACAGAACACAUCGCUGCAGAUGAAUCAAACGCAGAACCAACAAAAAAUACUACCGAUGCUACCACAACACACCAUGGCGCAGGCGCAAAUGGUGCCCAACAACCCAUGUCAAUUCACACAGCCCACCUUCCCGAUACGCAGCUCGCAAAUAGUCGGUCCCACAUUCCUGGAGCCAUCGCAAUAUCUUGCCGCCAUACCGGUACAGCCGGUGAUCGCGCAAUUUCCGGUCGCGCCGGUGCUGUCGCCGCUGCCGGUGAAUAUGAGUACGGCGCCACCUUGGAAGGCGGCCGCGCAACCGACCAACGGCACCUUCGAUCCGCUGCAGAGCCAAGCCGACAUGCUCUCCGGUGCGGUGGUGAUGACGCCCACCCAGACCCAGCUGCAGGACCAGCUGCAACGCAAGCACGACGAAUUGCAAAAACUGAUCAUGCAACAGCAGGAUGAAUUGCGCAUGGUCUCCGAGCAGCUACUGUUGGCGCGCUACACACUACUGCAGCCGAUGAUGCCGAUGAAUUACAAUACGCCGCCGAAUAGCGGUCGCAGCAAUUAUAAUUUCGCCAGCGCCAAUACGACGAUGGAGCAGCAAUUCACGCAAUUUGGCUUCACUAUGAACUCCAGCGAGCAACUAAUGGAUCAGACGACGCAGCAGAUGAUGUUGCAGCAACAACAACAACAACAUCAGCAACAACACGCGCAGACGCAACAGCAACAUAGUAUGCAGCAACAGCAGACGCAGCAUAUGCAAACACAACAACAACAAAUGCAUAACCACAAUCACCAACAACAACAACAACAAACGACGCAACAAAGCAAUCACCAUCAGCAGCCCCAUCAUCACCAGCAGUCGCAACAAAGUCAGCCGCAACUGCAACAACAUUUGCAGGCGCUACAACCGCAGCCACAACAACAACAACAGCAGCAGCAGCAGUCGCAGGAGCAAGCGCAACAGCAGCAACAACUGAAUCUGCUCUCGCGCAGUGUAUCUGAUCUGGCGCAAUUCGGCCACGAAGACAUCGACGCGUUCUUCAAUCUCUCGCCACUGCAAACGAUCGGCAACACGCAGCCGAGUCAUAAUUCGCGCAGCAACAACAACGCGGUGAGCUCCAGUAACGGGCAGCAGCAACAGGGCGGCAUGAAUCAGAGCUUCAUCAACAACACCAGCGCACCGCAAACGACAAAUGAGGACUCGCUGCUCACCUACAUGCAAAUGGCCACCGAAUCGAGUUCGACACUCAACUUCCCGAUGGGCAUUAGCGAUGAUGGUUCCGAAUCGCAGAGCGAUCGUAUCGAUGCCAAACUAAUUGGCGAGAAUCAAGUUAUGCAACAACAGCAACAGCAUCAAGUGUUAACUCAUCAACAGCAACAACAACAACAGCAGCAGCAACAACAACAACAACGCACCAAUAAUUUCUUUCCGAACAAUCCAUUCGAAGCGCUCGGCAAUCAAGCGACCACAAAUCAAUUACCUAACGAUCUGGAAAUACUGCCCUAUCAGAUGUCGCAGGAGCAGUCGCAGAACCUCUUCAACUCACCGCAAUCCUCGAGAAAUAGUCAAUAGCCUUAAGCCGCAAUUCGAAUUAGUUUAGUUGUAAGCUUAUAAUUAGUUUUAGUUUGUCUCUUCUGUGUGUGUGUGGUCGUGUGCGCGUAGCGUGUAUUUUGGCAGGCGUAGUGCGUAAGUACAAACCCUGCAGGAAAAUUCACUGAUAUAUUUAUAUAUGAAUCCAUCUUAAUCCGUUUAUUUAUUGCCGUAGCGUCUGAUUGCAUUUUGAUUCUAACCUUUGAAUAUUUAAGCCACAGGUAAAAUGGGUUUAGCUCCCCAUACUAAUAGACAAAAUUUCCUGUCUUAUAAAAAAGUUAACCGAUUUGUACCAAAUUUUAGUCGUAGCCAAAAUUUAGUCGUAGUGUCUCCCCUGGGUUUGGUACCCACCCCAUAAAAGAGGUCCCCAAUGAAAACUAAAGAACAGCAUCGUUAGAGAAACCUUCCUUCUGAUUUGCUUUACGGCCUUCUGUUAUAGCUCGUAAUACGUAUGGUCGAAAUUGACCUACACUUUGGUCAUCUAUCCCUCAAGAUUCUACUAACUUUCGUUAUUCUCGUUGACUUUUUAACUUAAAUGUCUCGAUUAAGGUAUGACUUUACUUAUCAUGGCAACGCCGAUGAGCAGGUAUAGACCAGUUUUAGUGCAUUCGGGCGCUUGAUGAAUGGUCCUCACAUGAGCUUAGUAAAUGUGUUGGCCAACAAUCAGCACUUGUAAGGCUGCAAAAGUCUUCUGGCUCAGAACAGAACGAAAACGAUUCAUUGGUGUCCUAAUUAAAGACUGUCUCAUUGGCACUCAGGCGUUGAAGCUAAAGAACUGAAGGGACGCAGCAAAAACCGACAAAGUUGGAUUGGGGGAAGGUGAGGUUCAAUAUCUAAACACUUUCUCCUUUGCUAUCCAGCUAUUUCCAGACUAAGUUUGAAGCAUCUAGUUGCCAUAAUUUCUGCGAACCCGGUGAAUUGGGUCUUUUAUACCCAAUAUAAUGAUUUCUCCACUUCUGGUAAAUUUUUUGCCAGAUAUGUCAGUUUAUAUGUUAAUUAUAUCUAUUUAUUUCUCCCUAACCUUAUGAAGGGUGGUCCGUUUCGAGAUUCCUUAC